GCCGGAAGUGGCCGCCUGGCUGGAAUGCGUGAGGAGCAUUGUGCUCUCUGACCUGGAAGAGCAACAAUGUCAUCAGAAUCCAGCAAAAAACGGAAGCCCAAAGUGAUCCGAAGUGAUGGAGCCCCAACUGAAGGAAAACGGAAUCGAUCUGACACAGAGCAGGAAGGCAAAUACUACAGCGAGGAGGCUGAGGUUGACCUGCGGGACCCUGGCAGAGACUAUGAUCUCUACAAGUAUACUUGCCAGGAGCUACAAAGGUUGAUGGCCGAGAUCCAGGACCUGAAGAGCAAGGGCAGCAAGGAUGUGGCCAUUGAAAUUGAAGAACGAAGGAUCCAAAGCUGUGUGCAUUUCAUGACUCUAAAGAAGCUUAACCGAUUAGCCCACAUCAGGUUAAAGAAAGGAAGAGAUCAGACCCAUGAGGCCAAGCAGAAAGUUGAUGCCUACCACCUACAGCUGCAGAACCUGCUCUACGAAGUGAUGCACCUGCAGAAGGAAAUCACCAAAUGCCUCGAGUUCAAGUCAAAGCAUGAAGAAAUUGAUCUGGUCAGUUUAGAGGAAUUUUAUACAGAGGCUCCACCAAACAUCAGCAAGGCUGAAAUCACCAUGGGAGACCCCCACCAACAGACCUUGGCCCGUUUGGACUGGGAGCUGGAGCAGCGGAAAAGGCUGGCAGAGAAGUACCGUGAAUGUCUGUCCAACAAGGAGAAGAUCCUGAAGGAGAUUGAGGUGAAGAAGGAGUAUCUGAGCAGCCUGCAGCCUCGCCUCAACAGCAUCAUGCAGGCUUCCCUCCCAGUGCAAGAAUACCUGUUCAUGCCAUUUGACCAGGCACACAAGCAGUAUGAGACUGCGAGGCACCUGCCACCUCCCCUCUAUGUGCUCUUUGUGCAGGCCACUGCAUAUGGGCAGGCCUGUGCUCAUAUGAAAUCCUCCUCCCAGCCCCCUAGACAGGAUAAGACGUUGUCUGUGGCAAUUGAAGGCAGUGUGGACGAAGCCAAAGCUCUCUUCAAGCCCCCUGAGGACUCUCAAGAUGACGAGAGUGACUCCGAUGCAGAGGAGGAACAGACCACGAAACGGCGUCGACCCACUCUUGGGGUUCAGCUGGAUGACAAACGCAAGGAGAUGCUGAAAAGGCACCCGCUGUCUGUCUUGCUUGAUCUGAAAUGCAAAGACAACAGUGUGCUUCAUCUGACUUUCUACUAUCUCAUGAACCUCAACAUCAUGACAGUGAAAGCCAAAGUGACAACCGCCGUUGAUCUGAUCACCCCCAUCAGUGCAGGAGACUUGCUGUCUCCUGACUCGGUCCUGAGCUGCUUGUAUCCUGGAGAUCAUGGAAAGAAAACUCCAAACCCAGCCAAUCAGUAUCAGUUUGAUAAAGUUGGCAUCCUGACUUUGAGAGACUAUGUUCUUGACUUAGGUCACCCCUACUUGUGGGUGCAGAAGCUGGGUGGCCUCCACUUCCCCAAAGAGCAGCCCCAGCACACGGUGAUAGCUGACCACUCACAGAGCGCCAGCCAUAUGGAGACCACCAUGAAACUGCUGAAGACCAGGGUACAGUCUCGCCUGGCUCUCCACAAACAGUUUGCAUCUCUGGAACAUGGCAUUGUGCCCGUUACCAGUGACUGCCAGUACCUCUUUCCUGCCAAGGUUGUUUCUCGCCUGGUAAAGUGGGUGAUAAUUGCCCAUGAAGAUUACAUGGAACUGCAUUUCACUAAGGACAUAGUAGAAGCAGGACUGGCUGGGGACACCAAUCUCUACUACCUGGCGCUUAUUGAAAGGGGAACAGCGAAACUUCAAGCUGCUGUGGUGUUAAACCCUGGCUAUUCCUCCAUCCCGCCCAUUUUCCGACUCUGUCUAAACUGGAAAGGGGAGAAAACCAACAGCAAUGAUGACAAUAUUCGGGCUAUGGAGAGCGAGGUCAACGUGUGCUAUAAGGAGCUCUGUGGCCCUCGACCCAGCCACCAGCUCUUGACCAACCAGCUGCAGCGGCUAUGUGUGCUGUUGGACGUCUACCUGGAGACCGAGAGCCAUGAUGAUAGUGUAGAGGGCCCCAAGGAAUUUCCCCAGGAGAAGAUGUGCCUGAGACUUUUUAGGGGUCCAAGUAGGAUGAAGCCAUUUAAAUAUAACCAUCCUCAAGGAUUCUUCAGCCACCGGUGAUUUCCCUCUCUAACCUAUCAUUCCCCAAAAGCCCAACCCUGGGUCCUGCAUCACUGCUUUUUGCUCUGGCCACAUGUUCUUGUUAUUUUCCAAAGACACCAGCUGAUUAAAAUGUCACCUG